AUCGACUUAUUCUACAAAUAUUUAGUUAUGACAUUUUCAUUGUCACCACAAGAUAAGAAUGAAAUGUAACUUUUUAUUGCACUUUUAUAUAAAGCGUAGUAAAUUGAAUGUUAGGGAUGAAUUUCAAUUUGAAAUAUUCAUUUAACUACGUUGUUUUUCUAACCGGUUUCGGAUUAUGUCUUUGCUUUAUUCUCACACAUACUUGGAUGAAAGUGACACCGAGGACCUGUUCUAGCGUCGCUGUGACUACAUCAGUUCAUUCAAGGAGACGUUUUGUUGAAAAACACACAAUGAAGAAAGACAACACAUGGAUUGAUGACUUUCAACCUGUGACUAUCGAGGAAACAGUGAUUGUAUAUUCAGCUUACGCGGAUGGGAAGACGAAAGUUCGAGUAAUUGGUAUAACAAACGACACAAAAGCUGAUUUACACUGUAUAUUAUGGUACAGUUCCUUUAAUGUAACAACAAAGCUGGUGAAAGCGUCUAUAGCAAAUAUCAACGAAAAUCACGGCAAAAGUCAUACGGCUGCCUACUUUGUCUGUUACCUGAGUGGCUUAGAUGUGCCGGAUGCUGUUUCUAUUGUGACGUUUUCUACCAUUCAUAAUCCACUUAACAUUUUACCCGUGCACGUUAAACCUCAAUUAAAGACACAAAAACAUUUCACAAUGUGCUUGUCGCCUAUGCAUUCAUCAUUCAGUGACAGUUCGCAGCUGCUAGAAUGGAUUGAACUUCAUAAGAUCCUAGGUGUUGAAAGGUUUCUGAUAUACGUCCAAAGUAUAUCCAAUGACGUGAAACAAGUACUAAAAUUCUAUGAGCAAGAGAAUAAUUUAAUGGUAUCAUCGUUGCCAUGGUCUUUAUCUGAUGAUCUUUGCAAUGAUGUUAUAUUGCAUUACUGUGGGCAACUUGCUGCUCUAAAUGACUGCCUAUAUCGCAGCAAAGGUUACAGCUAUUACAUUGCUGCCACGGAUCUUGAUGAGGUCAUUAUUCCGCAACACAAAGAUGAUUUCACUUGGCUUGAUAUGUUACUUAAUCUUCCGGAUCAUAGUGUUUAUCUGUUCAGAAACUCGUUUGUAAUUAGAAGUCUAAAGAAUAGUGCAGGUAUUAAAGAAAAUAAGCAUUUAAUGACUGAUUAUUUAAUGAGGGAUGACUUUAUAUACGGACCACGUGACCGCUCAAAGAUUAUCUCGUGGACUGAUGACGUUGUUACAUUAGGUAUACACAGUGUUUGGGCAAUGCGAUCAGGGGACGAGUAUGGAGUGGAUCCAAAUGUUGGACUGCUACAUCAUUACCGGAAGUCAGCCGUGGCGUACCCAGAAGGCGUGCAUGUUACCAGACUAAAAAGUAAUGUUACAGUAAAAUAUUCCCAGGACCUUAGAGAACGAGUAUCUUUGGUUCGAGAAAAAAUUAAAACCAGUUCGCCAAAACACCGAUCUUCAUGACUUUUUAUGGCAUUAUUUUCUAGUCAAGUGUUCAACGAACAGUUACGUUAUGAAUACACUUGCCUUGACAAUAUGACUCAGUGAAAGUUAAAUGAAAAUAUUCAAAAUGUAUUUUUCAGCUUCUCAGUAUAUAUUUUCUCAUUGCUUGAUUAUAUAUCCAUGUAAUUUUUACUAUAUCUUUGUUUUUGUUAUUCAAUGUUAAGUUUAUUCAUACUGUAAACAUAGUUAUUACUCUGUUAUUAUUCUUAUUGUUCGAUGUUCUUAUAUAAAAGUCAUUUUUGCUAUUCUGUAAUGUUUGUUUGUUACAAGACGAAUAACAUUAAUUGCAUGCUUUUCAGUGAAUUACCGAAAUAUUAGAAUGAAAUAUAGCUGGUAUUUUCA